UAUAUAUAUAUAUAUCUAUCCUAGAAGUUUGAAAGACCGAUCGUGCUUUUAAUCUAAACUGUUUGUAGUCCUAGAUAGAUCAUCCUCGCCAGACCUCUCGGCCUAUAAAAGGAACCAAGCAUCUUUAUAUUUGGUCUUCUACACCCUUCAUAUAUAGAGAUCUUGAAAGAGAGAUGUCAACUACGUCGACCCAAGCCAUUCUCAGCCAGGGCGGCCUCUUUGAGGAUCAAGAUCAGGUGCCUGCACAAAUGGAUUUUUUUUCUUUCGCUCCCAACUUGACCUUACCUACUUUGGGAUGCCACCAGUCUCUCAAAGCCUUCAGUACCAUACCACCUUCACUUGCAUCUGAUUCACCUUCAAGUAAUCUCAGCGGAACCCUAAUCUCAUCUGCCACUACUAGAGACGACAUCACUUCUGAUUUUAUUGGAUCCCAGCUCCUUUCCUUGCAUAGAUCAAGCGCAAAUCUCUGGGCAUGGGGAGAUAUGGGUGAUUGCUUAGCCAGCAAGAGAGACAUCGGUGGAGAUCUAGAUGGUCAUCAUCUAGGGGUUUCUACCUUGAAGAUGAAGAAGAUAAAGGCAAGGAGGAAGGUGAGAGAACCUCGGUUUUGCUUCAAGACCAUGAGCGAUGUAGACGUGUUAGAUGACGGUUACAAGUGGAGGAAAUACGGACAGAAAGUGGUAAAGAACACCCAGCAUCCCAGGAGCUACUAUCGCUGCACACAGGAUAAUUGUCGUGUAAAGAAACGGGUGGAGCGAUUAGCCGAGGACCCAAGGAUGGUGAUUACAACCUACGAAGGGAGACACGUACAUUCCCCGUCACACGAUAUGGAAGAGUCGCAAGCUCCAUCCCAGCUAAAUAAUUUCUUCUGGUAAUUAAUGAAAUACAUCCAUGCUCAAGUGUUGGUAAUUAUGGAAGAGUCAUCGAUCGUUAUGUAUCCUCCACUGUGCUUGCGAAUGAGCAUUGCUGUGCCUUUAUCAAGUGUUGGAGACAAUUAUAUCGGAAAUAAAAGUAAUGUUUGUAGAAUUCCCAGGUCUAUUAAUUGGGCCCUUACUCUAAUGCAGUAUAAAAACUUUAAUCUC